AACCCACUCGAUGCGGCGUCUGUCUAUGUCUAUGGUUUUCAGGACGCUGAGCCAGUGCGCGCCCCCGCUGCUCCCUGCCUGCGCGCUCUCCUCGAAAAGUGAGCUCGUUUGAGGGAAAAGAAUCUGGACGACCAUGGAGGAAGAAAGCUGGAUGUUAUCUUCUGUCCUUUGAACACUUUUUCACUUUUCCGUCACUUUCGACAACAGGGGAGGUCACGUGUGGUGAUUAUAUUUUUUUCAAUUCGUAAGUUUCCAAACUUCAAUGAGUUUAGCGCUGGCAUAGCCUGAUUGGAAAGUUAGCUAGCUAGCCUCGGCUACACAUUAGCCCUCCUCGGCUAGCGACUUUCGGAACAAAAACAGGCCGGCGGAGAGGCGACCUAGGCGGCUACAAGUGACGCGGAAUGUUGCCUCCUGGGAUUAACUUCACAUACGGAUGAGAAGGAAAUUGGGGAACACGGAGAACAACAGACGAGCGGUGCCAUGUUGGGCUGCCCGUCUGAGUCCCGAGGGUGGCCGCACUUGGUGCUCUGGCGGCCGGGGGGCUUCUUCGUCUUCUUGCUGCUGCUGCUGCUGGUGCUGCUGCUGGAAGGCAGCCUCGGCCUCGCCAACCCGGACAGCCACUCUGGUCUCAUCGGCAGCAGCAACAACUGCAGCGUUAACAUAUACUUGAGUGUGGAGGAGGUGAAGAAACUACUGGGCCUGGAUGCAGAGCUUUACUAUGUUCGGGAUGACGUGGUGAGUCAUUACGCGCUAUCCUUCACUCUGCCGGUCCCCAGUGAGACCAACAGCCUUCACUUCACGUGGCAUUCCAAGUCCAAGGUGGACUACCGACUAGGUUUCCAUGUGGAGAACCCUGUUGCCAUGAACCAACCACGGAGCAACAUCUCCAGCCAAGGAGAAGUGCCCCGCUUUCCCUCCGUUUUUAGAGUGGAUCUUUUCUGUUCUGGCAAGAUUGACGGGGAGGCGGUGGUGACGCUGCAGCUCAAUCUGACCAUCCACGCCGACAACUACACAGUGCUCAACUUCAAGAGGAGGAAAAUGUGCUACAAGAGAAUAGAUUCCGACCCAAAGAUUCCAUUAACGUUCAACAACCACACCCUUCACACCCUUCAGCAGCCUGACUUAGAUGGCGUGACCACCCCCACCACCUCCACUCAGGUGUUUUACAUAAGUGUAAGCGUAUGCUGCAUCGUCAUCUUCCUGGUGGCCAUCAUCCUGGCUAUCCUGCACCUGCACAGCAUGAAGAGAGUUGAGAUGGAGGACAGUGUGAGCGACAGUGGGAGUUCUCAGGGACUCUCCCAGCCAUCCACGCAGACCACACAGUACCUGAGGGCUGACACGCCAAACAAUGCAGCCCCCGUUUCCAACAACCACCCCGGCUCUGCACCCAUACUCCAGCUUGCUGCCUCCUCCUUCCAAAACCCCGGUGCCCCCCCCCACGAAACAAAAAGCUACCCAUCGCUUCGCAUCGAGAAGAACGACCUGAGAAGCGUCACUCUCAUGGAGGCCAAGGCCAAAGUGAAAGACAUCGCCAUUUCAAGGGAGAGAGUCACUCUGCGAGAUGUCUUGCACGAAGGCACGUUUGGCCGCAUCUUCCACGGUGUGCUGCUGGAUGAAAAGGACCCCAGUAAGGAAAGGCCGGUCUUUGUGAAGACCGUGAAAGAUCACGCCUCUGAGGUCCAGGUGACGAUGAUGUUGACUGAAAGUUGCAAGCUUCGCGGCCUUCAUCAUAGGAACUUGCUGCCCAUCAGUCACGUGUGCACGGAGGAUGGCGAGAAGCCCAUGGUGCUGCUGCCUUUCAUGGCCUGGGGGAACCUAAAGCUGUUCCUGCGCCAGUGCAAGCUGGCCGAAGCUAACAACCCACAGGCCGUCUCUCAGCAGGACCUGGUCUACAUGGCAAUCCAGAUCGCAUGUGGAAUGAGCUACCUGGCUCGCCGAGAGGUCAUACACAAAGACCUCGCAGCCAGGAAUUGUGUCAUUGACGACAACAUGCAGGUAAAGAUCACGGACAACGCCCUGGCCCGAGAUCUGUUUCCCAUGGAUUACCACUGCCUGGGGGACAACGAGAACCGGCCCGUGCGCUGGAUGGCGCUGGAAAGCUUGCUUGACAACGACUUUUCCAGCGCCAGCGACGUGUGGGCUUUCGGCGUGACACUGUGGGAGCUGAUGACGCUGGGCCAGACGCCGUAUGUGGACAUCGACCCCUUUGAGAUGUCCGCCUACCUGAAGGACGGCUACAGAAUAGCGCAGCCCAUCAACUGUCCCGAUGAACUGUUCGCCGUCAUGGCGUGCUGCUGGGCUCUGGACCCCGAGGAAAGACCCAAGUUCCAGCAGCUGGUGCAGUGUCUCACAGAGUUUCACGCCGCUUUGGGGGCUUACGUGUAAAAUCUCCCUUGACAACCCUCCAACCCCCUUGAAGAACAGCAGCACUGGAAGCUGCUGGUGGACUCAUGAAUUCCUGUUGUGCCUUUUCCAAAGAGCAGCCUUGGAGCACAAUGACAGUUCUUUUUGUACAGUUGUUUUUUUUUUUCAUAUAGUUGAUGUAGUAUUCUUCCAUAGGCGACUUUUUCCACUCAUCACCAGGACUUGCAGGCGUGGAAGUGACCAACAUCGUAACCCUUUUGUCGAAGGUUGAGUGCGGUACGGCAGUUUUAUCAGAAUGGUGCAUUUACCCCUUGAAUGAAAUCAGCGUGUGUGUGUGUGCCUUCCUCAUUUUGCCAACGUUCAGCAUGUAUAUUGGAACACUUCUCCUCUUUUUGUAUUCCCACAAUCCCAACAGCUUCCUCCAGGUCCUGCAGUAGAACACGAAGGUCCGGUAGAUCAGGGGUUGGGAACCUUUUUGGCUAAGACAGCCAUGAAAGCCACAUAGUUUAAAAUGUAUUUCUGUGAGAGCCAUAUAAUAUUUUUUAAACACUGAAUACAACUAAAUGCGUGCAUUUUUAAGCAAGGCCAACAAUUUUAGAAUAUAAUAAGUCUGAAUUUAUUAUUUUUAUUAACAUGGUUAUAGUGAAGCUAACCAAUGAUAAAUAAAAUACGUGUUACCAUUAAUGUGACUUCUGGUGCUACAUGGUUUUGCACUAUACUUUUUAUCUUUCUUCCUUUUUGCCAUCUUCUUCAUCAAAAGGGUUGGCUCUGCAGAAUUGGCAAGCUGACUAUUUGAUUAAAGGAGGGAAGUUCACUUCUUGAUCUCUCGGUGACCCAGGUAGGUUAAUGCGUUAUUCAGUAAUCAAUUUUUGGUGUCUGAUCCGGAAAAUAUUGUAAGGACAGCUGGCAUUGACUCUGGACACCAGUUGAGUAAGUAAAGCAGUAAAAGUAAAAAGAUGAAUGGAUGAAAAGGCACAAAAAAGUAUAUUUUGAAUAGGGCUACAACUAGUGAUUAGUUUUCGAUUAAUCGGUGAGUCGGAUUCAAAAAACCCUUUUUAUUUCUGCCUCUUUACUUAGAAAUAGAAGAUUUGAUCUGACAGAACAAAUAAGUGCACAAACACCAGGUUGGCGCUUGAAUAUUAUGUUAAAAUAAUAACAAAAUCGAAAUGUUUGUCAAAUAACUUCAGUAAAACAAUAAAUGUACACAAAACUACAAUCAUGGUCAUUUUCUAAGUCGAUUAAUCUGAACCUUGUUGUUUCAAUUAAUGGAGUAAUCGGUUAGGCCAUGGAUGGACCAAAUUGAUAUGAAACAAACACCUAGAGUUAGUGGUUGGGUCCGCAACAUAUCAGAAAAGAGGCAAAAAUACCCAUCACUGUUUUCCAAAGUCGGUAUGUGUGAAUAUGUUGUUUUGGCUAAUACACAAAGAUAAUAGGUCUACUUUCAUGGAUGACUAAGGAUAUUAAAAAAUAUUCACAUUUAAGAGGCUGCAAUUAGAGGAUAUUUACAUAUUUAAGUCGAAAAAUUAUGAUUUGAUUACCAAAAUAGUUGUCGAUUAAUUGGGUAAUCGAUUAACCAUCGAUUAAUUGUUGCAGCUCUAAUUUUGAAAGUUUUUUUUUUAUAACACUGUGAUUUCUGUAGUGUUUCACUUUAAAAUGUAAGUGAAAAAAAAUGUAAUGAAUUUUAUCGUGUUAAGAAAUAAGAGCCAGAUGCAGUCAUCAAAAGAGCCACAGGUUCCCUACCCCUGCGCUAGACUUUUGGGAGUACAAUUUAUCACGGUCAUCAUUAAGCUCCUGUGACGUGUUUUUAUGGUUACUGCAUGGUUGAUCUCCAUUCACUAUUAAAAGGUAUUUCUUUGCGUGCAGCUGUCCUUUAAUACGGUUUUAUGUCUUUUGGCAAAUUAACCAAUCAGGUUUGAUCCUAAACAUCUAUGUGUUUUUUUUUGAGAACGAGCCACGUCAAGCUACUUGCGCUUGAAUGUCACAGCGUCAGUUAUCAUCAGCGCCUUGUCCAAAGCCUUCCGUCGACUCACUAAGCAGCGAUAGUCUUUAUUUAGCGUUUCCAGGGGACUCUGACUCAUUAAAAACUGAUCAGCCUCCCAACUUCUCCGCAUGAUUCACGCAUAAGAACGUUGCCCUGUUCAUUUGGCACGUUAAGUAACAACAGAUGGAAAGUCUACAGUUUGAUGUGUCAUCAUGUAUUUUUGACCACAGACAUUCCUUUGAAGAAACGCCCUCUUUUACUGAAGAAAACUUGUCAUGAACUAAGAGGAUGAGUCUUGUUAUCUCCAAGAGUUUAGUUGGUAGACUCGUGGAGUCACCCCCUGCUGGACGUCAUAUUGGAAUGAUUAUUUCUGGCAAUUGGAAUGUUGAAUGUGUCUACCAUUGUGCAUACCUGCCAAUAUUUACAUGAUCAAAAAAAGGACAAUUUGUCUGAUCUUCUGCAAGAGCUUUCAUAGAAAUUCAAAUACGGGAAACAAGGGAAAAAUACGGUGGUUUCCCAGUGAAAACGGGAAGAUUGACAGGUGUGCCGGCGUUUGGGAAAAGAUCUGCACAGUGGCGGAGGGACAUGGUGGCAUUGGUCACUCUCCGGCCACCCCACUAAUGGCGGAGCUAUGGUGAGACGUUUCAGGUGUCACCUUAUUGCCACCCCUGUGUGAGUAAUGGUCUCACCUUGGCUCCGCCACUGGAUCUACACAUGGUGGCCCACUGAAAUGUUUUAUUUUACUUAUAAAUAAGUUUUUUUUGUUGUCGUUUUUCAGAUAAAAGUAACAAUUCGUAAAAUGUGUGGAUGCGUGCUCCUCAUUGGACAACAACGAAAACUGUCAUGUCGUCUUUUGGUUUUUAUCUACAAGGCAUACUGUAUCAGUCCUGUCUUUAAGUGAUGUGCGAAACCACUGAUUUUGUUUCCGACCCAAUACUGACAAGACAUUCAGACUGGUAUUGACGAUACUGAUCCGAU